AUGCUGAUCGCCGUCGUGAUGAUGUUCGCUGUCUGCAACCUGCCGCAGCAGGUGCGCAUCGUCUGGCGACACUGGGACUCCAGCUACGACAGGACCUCCGACUUCAGCACGCUGCUCACCCUGUCCACGUUCCUCAUCUCCUACACGAACUCCUGCCUGAACCCACUGCUCUACGCCUUCCUGUCCCGUAACUUCCGCAGGGGGGUUCGAGAACUCCUGCUCUGCCGCGGGACCAGGGGCAGAACUGUCAGCCUGGCCAUGGGCUGCACCAGGGACACCCAGAUGAGACACGAGAACGGCUUGAACACUGCCCAAGCGAACAGCUCUUUAAUCCGACUUAGCUCCACCCACGACAGUCCCCGGGUGUCCAGAACUGUCGCCAGACAGGCAACCAGCGAGAAGAUUUCCUGA